UUGAAUUUUUAUGUACCCGUCGCAGAGUAUUUGGAUGAAAGCCCAAUUCAGUUUGGCCAACUCAGCCCCAGCCACAGCGCCAAUGGAAUCCCAUCUCCAGGCUCCCUCUUAGAGUCCACCCUGCCUUCCCACCUCCCCCUCCUGGCCUCCUCUCAGCCCGUCCCUCUUCCCUUCCCCAUGUCUCACGGGACCACCACCUUGGCCUUCGUGUUUCAGGGGGGCGUCCUGGCCGCCGCCGACACUCGCUCCAGCUGCGCCGGCCUCGUGGCGUGCCCGGCCUCGCAGAAGAUCCUGCCCAUCCACAGCCACAUGGUGGGCACCACCUCCGGGACGUCGGCCGACUGCGCGCUGUGGAAGCGGAUCCUGGCGCGGGAGCUGCGGCUCUACCAGCUCCGCCACGGCCGCCGGCUCUCCACCAGAGGGGCCGCCAAGCUGCUCUCGCACAUGCUCCACCCUUUCAAGGGGACCGAGCUCUGCGUGGCCGCCACCCUGUGCGGGUGGGACGGAGGGGAGCUCCACGAUCCCGCUGACGACAGAGAAACAAGACGGAGUCCAGAGACCGACCUGGAAAUCACUGGAGAUGCCUCUGGUGGAAAGGUCUCUGUGCUAAGGUCUUCCUCUGGACCCAGUCUGGUUUACGUCUGCAGCGAUGGCACGCGCCUGAACGGAAAGCUCUUCUCCGUGGGCUCGGGGUCCCCCUACGCCUACUCCAUUGUGGACCAAGGGGUUCACUGGGGACUGACCGUGGAGGAGGCCACAGCAAUCGCCAGAGAGGCGGUGUACCGAGCGACUCACAGAGACGCGUACUCGGGAAACUGUGUAGACGUCUAUCACGUCACCUCUAAAGGAUGGACUCGUAGGAAGAGGGAGGACUUGAAAGAGGAAUACUACCGAGAAAAGGCGAAGCAAAGCCAUGAGGGAGAGACGCGGCGUGACUCUGCGUGA